AUACAAUUUCAGAGAAGCAGUUAUCAUAUUUUAAGAGAAUUUUAAAUGAGAGAAAUGCAAUGAUAUCUCUUAUAGUGUAUAUUUAGUAGGCCUAAUACCAUGUCAUAUCAGUGGAUAAGAGUUUUAUUAAUUAUCUUAAGUGUCAUAAGAGUACAAACUAUAGUCAGAACUGAUAUUAAACAAUUUCCAGGACAAUUAUUUUCAAAAUGGAAUAGGAAAAAAUGAAGCCAUUUUCAGUACAUUUUAGUCAGCACCCAACCGCAUGAUAUCAUUCAAUUAUUUUACUUAGAAUAAACCUGAUAUGUGAUGACGAGUGUGUUUAUCUGUGCGUUCAAGUCAUUGCGGAACGAUCGUAUUUACGAUAUCCGACCUCACAAGUUUGGCCUGAGCUGAACACGGAAGUGAUGUCAAAAAAGUUUCCCCAACGCACUUCAAAGCGGCUUGUGCAGGACGCCGAAGAACAUUGAUCAGGAUGAGUUUUGUUGGAGAGAAAAUCAGAGUGGAUGAUCUCAUCCAAAAGUACCAGACCAACUUGGAGAUCCAGAUUAAAAAGGGGGAUCGAAGUCUGGUAUGCAUAGAUGAGCAACUUUGCAAGGAAGUAGAGAUGCUUCUUACCAAAGACAAUGCCCAGAAGACAUUUAAUAUAUGUUGGCUAGAUCCCUUGACAGUGAUGGAAAACUCAUUCCGAGCAUUGCCAUUUAAAACUGGCCAUUUGGGGCUUGAGAAGCUUUCCAAGGCCUUUGGAGUGUUGGAGCUUGCUGCGUUAAACCUCUACCUGUAUCCGUGGAGAAGGGAGUACCGAGUUGUGAAGAUGUUUUCAGGAAUGUUCACCCAUUCAAUAAAACCUGCCUUAACCCUACAGCAGGCUAAAGAGCUGUUCGGGUUGCUUGGAUAUCAGCCUUCAGGUCCUUCUGAGGAAGAAGAGCUUAUACUCGACUCCAAACUAGCUCCUGCUGAUUCCUUACUCAACCUGGCAUGUGGCUUCUUCACUGCUCGUAUGGAGUGCCAGCUGCUUCAUUCCACCUUGGGUGCUCUGGACAGAGGUGUGGAGUGGGUUCUUCAACUAAUCAAGGAGAGAAAGAGUGGCCACAACCUUCAGGUAGCAUUGGAAAACAUCAAAAGGAAGUUAGAGGCUUCUCAUUCUUCAGACAUAAAUUCAGAUCUGGAUCUUUACACCGAUAAGGAUUUGGGGAGCAAAGUGCAGGCAGAUGCUCUUCAAAUGACACCCAUUUCUUGUUUGCUACCUCACUCUUCGUAUAUGCAACCAAAGGAGACCCUCCUACUAAGCAACCCUCUAUACGGUGACUCUUCUCAGUCAGACAGUGUGAGUAAUGAAGAUGCUAGCCAGGGAAUGGCACUCUGUGUCUCAACGCUUCAGUGCCAGAUCAACAACCCCAAAAACCAUGUCUCACCUCCGCAGAUUCCAGGACUACUGGAAAGCUCUGGUAAAGUUCAAACUGAAGGUUAUACCUGGAGACAAGCAGCAGACGAUGGACCAGUGAUGUGCAGCUGUAUUAAACCAUCUUUUUUGUUUAUAUAUCAGUGUGACCAGUGCAAAGACAUUCACAGUUCACUUUGUGAAUAUUAUAAAGAGUGCAAAAAGAAAGGGCAUACUUUAGCACUGUGUCAAGACAAAGCUGGACAGCAACAGAAAAUGAAUGUGCAACAAGACCAGCAUAAACCAGGCAAAGAAAAAGAUUCUCUGAAAAAACAUAAUUGUAUGAGCAAUUCAAUGUCUGAAACCUUUUUGGUGUGCUACAGCUGCCUGUUAAUCCAUGACCAGAGCUGUACAAGCAUUAAAGCAUGCACAUUGCUAUAUCACAACUUGUUGCCCACAGGAAAAUUACAGCCCCCUCAAGCAGAAAGAGCCAAUGCUCCAAAGAGGCACAUAUGUCUUACUGCAGACGCUCCAGUAUACGUAAUCUGCAACACCUGUAAUGACUCCCAUGAUUGCAUAUGUGGACAUGCGAAAAAUUGCAUCAAACUUGCCCAUGAUGUGCAGUACCUCCAAGAAUCAGGUGAUUCAGAAACUCCCUAUAAGCCAAUCUCAUAUCACCAGUGCUGCACUGCUAACCAGCCUUGGCCUGAAAUUGUAUGCCUCUCUUGUAAUGUCUUUUGUUACUCCAGCUGUCCUGAUGGAAGGCAGUGUUCUCAAAAACACAAAAUACGACGACUCAAAACUAAAUGCGUCAGUUGCUCAGAUUCUGAGCUUUGCGUCCUAUGCAGGUAUUGCUGUGAUGUGUACUGCAAAAAGUGUUGGUUUAAAAGUCCCAUUUUGUGUAAAUGUGGAAUGCUUUUUAACUCCUCCUCCCCAGUUUAAUAACACCUGCACUUCAAUGUUAACCAGCGAUUCUCACUACUACUCCAAGUUUAUUCCAAAUUACUGAAAAUCAUCAACCUUUUUUUUUUUUUAUCUGUGACAUCUUCGUGCAAUGAUAGGAGUCAUGAUUGAUCAAUCACAGAAAAAGUAACAAGGCAAUUCACUGUUCCUGAAGUGGUUCAAGGAUACAAUAUCUACCAUACCAAAACAAUGUCCUUAAAGGAAUAGUUCACGCAAAAAUGAAUAUUCUCUCAUCGUUUACUCACUUUCAUACCAUCCCAGAUGUGUAUGACUGACUUCUACUUAACACAAACAAAAGAUUUUUAGAAGAAUAUCUCAGCUCUGUUGGUCCUUGUGGCCAUUUAUAGUAAACAAGGACACAUUGACUUGUUUCUCACCCACACUUAUAAUAUCGCUUUUGAAGAUAUGGAUUUAACCACUGGAGUCUUAUGGAUUACUUUUAUGCUGCUUUUUGGAGCUUCAAAGUUCUGGUCACCAUUCGCUUGCAUUGUAUGGACCUACAGAGCUGAGAUAUUCUUAUAAAAAUCUUUGUGUUCAGCAGAAGAAAGUCAUACACAUCUUAAUUGACAUAAGGGUGAGUAAAUGAUGAGAGAAUUACAUUUUUGGGAGAACUAUCCCUUUUACUGCCAAAUACCAUUGAUUCAGUGCAAUAUGUGGUUUUGGUAGAACUAAAGUCCUCAAAGGCCAUACUAUUCUUCCAGAAUGCCUUCAUAUGUCAUAUUGUUUGUUUUGCUUUCAAAAUAUUCUUACUUUCUGUGUCACACAUUUAUGUUAUAACGAGCACAAACCUACUUGCCAAAUACAAUGUAACAUAUUCUGUUAAUGGUUAGUGAAACAUUUUAAACAUUGUUGAUUAUGAUUGUCCUAUGAUAUAGUUUUAGGAACAUCUCUAAUAUGUUGUUUGGAUUGACAUACUGCCAUUUAAUAUAACUAAAUAAUAAUGAAUUUGGUCCCACUUUAUAUUAGAUGCCUUUACUAUGUACUAUAAUCAAAAUACAAACAAUAAAAUAUAUUUAUUGUUUAACUACAUGUUGUUUUGCCAAAUUCUCACAAGAUUCUCAUUUGCUGCUACUGAGGUUGAGGUACUGGUAGGUUUAGGAGUAGGGAUAGGGUUAGGCGUUAAUGUGAGGGUUAGGUUUAGGGGUAAGGCUAACAGUGUAAC